AUGCAUCUUUUCUCUUUUUUUUCUAGGCCAAAAACAUUGGUUACACUUUUUCAUCCAAUUUACGUACCAUGUAUACCUAUAAAAUCACAACACAUAAAAAUUUUUCAUAUCUUUACAAAAACUUAUAAUCCUUCUCGGCAUUAUUUACGUGUUCGACAGAAUGAAAAACUUUGGGAUUCAAAGUUAUCCAGUGAUAAAACUGAUUCUGAAAAAAAUUUUUCUGGUCCAUUUACAAAGUUAGAAAAAUCGCCACAUAAAAAUAUAUCUUUUCGUGGUUUGAUUUUAUCAAUUAAACAAUAUACCAUUACUGCUUUUAUGCCCAAAGAUUUUCAUGACUCUGUAACUAAAGAUUAUUGGGGCUUCACGAAAUGGCAUUUUUUUCAGAAUAUUGCCGGAUCUGUCACUGGAGUUUUAUCGACGCAAUCUUUAAUUUACGCCAUGGGACUAGGCGCAAAUUCAAUCCCUCUCGCUGCAGCAUUAAAUUGGAUCAUAAAAGAUGGUUUAGGUCAACUAGGCGGUGUAAUCUAUGCUGCAUCUAUCAAUAACCGUUUUGAUUCUGAGCCAAAACGUCAUCGAUUUCAAUCGAUUGUUCUUAUGCAAUGUGCUUCUUUACUGGAAUUAUUGGCUCCUUUAUGGCCGGGUGUAUUUUUACUGAUCGCUUCGAUUUCAAACAUUGGAAAAAAUAUUGCAUGGCUCGCUGGUUCUGCAACUCGAGCACAAAUGCACAAAACGUUUGCUUUAAGAGAAAAUUUGGGUGAUAUUACUGGAAAGUCGGGAUCACAGAGUACAGCAGCAGGUCUAUUUGGAACUGCCCUUGGUGUUAUUAUCAGUGCUUCCAUUACAACGUAUAAUACUUCUCAAUCAAUUGCUCCAAUCAUUGCCUGCUUUAUUCCAUUUUCAAUUUUCAACAUUUAUUCAAGUUAUUGGUCUAAUCUUUAUGUGACAACAAAUACUCUUAAUGUUCCUCGCACGGAAAUGAUUUUAUAUGAUAUGUUGAAACAGCCUGAUGAAAGAUCAAAUACAUCUCUACCAAAUAAGAAUGUCAUAAAAGAUUUUAUACCAACGCCACAAACUAUAUCAUCACAAGAAAUAUUCGUCGGUUUUUAUCGCUCUUCAUUUGACGUACCUCUGGUGAUUGAACCUGCUUUACAUCGUUACACUUCACAGGAAUAUGCAAGUAACUUGCUUACAUCUCUAACACAUAAAGGAUUCAUUCAUUCUGAAGAAUAUUACAUUCUUCAUGCUCCAAAUCGUAGUUCUGGAAACAGACAGCACGUUGUACUUUGGUUUUCACAAAACGCAAAAUCAAAAGAUAUAAUUAAAGGUUUUUAUCAUGCAUGUGCAAUAAGGUAUUUGUUAAAAGGUCAUGAUUGUUCUAGGCAUGAUAAAGACUAUGACUAUGAAAAUUUUAUUCUUAAUAUUAUGAAAAAUUCUCAUGAAUGGGUGGAAGAUUCAUUUGAG